AUGUGGUCUGUUGGCAUAUCGAGCAGCGCCCAGCCAAGAUCCUCACUCAUACUGCUGCUUGGCCAUUGCAUUGUCCGCUCUCGUAUAAGGCUAGAGGAUACGCCUGUGGAGCGGCCCGAACUAGCUAGCGCAAUUCUCGCAAAUGAUGCAGAUGAACAACGAAUCAUUUGCUUAGUUCUAGGCUACUCUGUGGAUGGGCCCAGCUUAAGACAAGGGCAGCACACGCUCAAUCCAACCUUACCAAAUUAA